CUGUAUGUGUAAAAAAACGUGAAUAUGGAGGGUGAUUACUCACUCCAUUACAUUAGUCAUUAUGGCAAUAUGGGAUCCAGCUAAGGCAGUAAGGGGGCUGUAGCCUGUGUAGGCAAUGUAGAGUACUGUAGUGUAGUGUAGGGAGCUUGUGCCCUGCUUCUAAAGUUCUAGCUAGUGGUUUCCUCGUGCUUGACCAAAUCAACACGUAGAUCUACUACAGAGUUAUCCGUGGAAGUAGAUGGGCAACAAUCCAACAGCCGACUAAAGACACGUGUGAGUUGUGUGUUUUGGUGGCCGUGUGCGUUGCGAUGCAGGCAAUGGCUGAUCAUAGUGAUCACUGCUGUGGUGCUCAUGGUGGCGGCAACUCAGCUUCGCAGACACUGGACGAGCUGAGCUGGGAACGGGGGAUAUGGGCUGCUGCACUGAACCAGGAUGACCAGCGACUGCGCCAUCUCUUACGCUCGGGCACGGCAUGUGCCGAUCAACAGGACGUGUCCGGCUAUUGUGCUCUUCAUUACGCAUGUCGUGCCGGGCACCUAUCCACCUGCCGCAUCCUGGUCACUGAUUUCUCCGCCAAUGUUAACUGCCGGACGCGAAGCAGCCUGGCAACCCCACUGCAUCGUGCUGCGUUCGCUGGCCACCUCGCUAUUGUGGAGCUCUUGCUGGUCAACAAAGCCGAUCCUCAUAUUGUGGAUGACACUGACAAGAACUGCCUUCAUAAGGCAUGCGAAGGAGGCCAUGCCAGUGUAUGCCGGCUGCUACUCAAGCACCAUCCGUCCUUGGCUACGCACCCUGACAAGCGAGGCGUGUUGCCGUGGCAAUGUCUUCCGCCGGGCGCUCCGCCAGACCUGUGCAGUGAGCUGAAACGUUGAGUCUGCCGCGGCGCGUGUUGUCCUCUCUGCGCGCUAGCAGUGCCUUGCAUUUCCCUGGACAGAGUGGGCCGAUGAUCGCACAUGUGUAGCUGCUAUGCUGUCAGUUCUCUGCUGCUAUUCACUACCGGUAUGCCAUUGGGCAGUGAAGUAGUCCAGGCUGUGGCCAAGAAAGAACUGCACCAGAAGUCUAGUGUUCAGAUUGUGCGUUCUUCUUUACCUUCACACUCCCUCUGAUAAAUUACCUCUACCUCACUGUUCGCGAAAACAGAGCACUGAUGCCAGCUCACCUCCCACCUCCCGAGGACUGAGGUGAUCAUUCUGGAAUAAUUUGUUUCAGUUUGGCUGCACCAGGCUUAGCAACUCUACCGAAGUGCAUGUUGCACUCGUUGAGCCACUCGCCGUUGUUUUGCAGUGGAAAGAGUCGGAUGGUCGUUGCUGAAAGCAAUCGAAUUACUCCACGGGCUGAUAACUUAGCUUUGUCUGGGACGACAUUCCCACGCGUGUGGCACCAGGGACUGUUAUUCCAUUGCCUUGCAACGCUAUUGCAGGCUACAAGUGCGUUGCACAGGACUUUGGAAAAAGGCCAGCAAACAAGCGCAGCCUCAGUGUGUCAAGCGGGCUCAUGUAGGCAAAGUAUGCAGCAGCACAUACGCAACAACUGUGUUUAAAAUGUACUAGUGCUUCAAGUAGCAGUGCUCGCAACCCCAUGCCGUAGCAGCAACACAAUAUUGUACAGUGUUGUCUCUUCGAACGGCACUUUGCUGCAAGUGAAGUUGCUGUGAGGCAAGUAUGAACGUUCAGAUGUUUGCCUCAGAUCUGAGAAAGGCCAAUAUGCCUGGUCUAUGAAAGUAUGUUGAUAAGCCAUGAAUGGUACUGGUCCUGAUGCUGCAGCUAUAGUAUGGACCAAGGUUUGCUGAUUUGUGUCAAGAGUGUGCCAGGACACUGUGUCCAUACAUCUCUCGCUCUCGAUGUAGCUCAUGUAGUACAUUUCAACGCUGCUCAUACAUACAUACAUACAUACAUACAUGGAUGCGUUGUUGUAUGCCGGGACAGGCCAGUAACUGGCUCGUGUUGUCCGGUGGCUGCCGGUGAGCACAACCGAUGUCAAUUCUGGAGCAACGGCAGGAAUGUAGCAAGGAGGUAUUCUAUCCGUUCUACAUCACUCAACCUGGUUAUGCCAGGUACAGAUACAUUCAUGACAUUGUACAGUCAUGUACAUGCCUAUGCUGUAUUGUUUCACUUCAUACGUCUACUGUUCCAUUUUCUCAAUGACAACUUUGCCGGUAUGUCCCUUGGCCACCCAAAAACAAUUUUAUGUGCGCGUUUCUGAAGUUUCCUUUCUUCAUUUUGUGAAAGUUUUGUCUGUUCAUUUCUUUAAAAAAUCAGUGGUUGAAGAGCAUUAUUUUUUAUCACGUAUCACGUACAAACUUGCUUUUCCCAUUAGAUUCCUGCUGGUUCCUCAGCAUUUUGGAUAAUAAUUGUUGACAUUUUAUAAUCCAGCAAAGCGAGAAGCUGGGGAUAACCCUU